GGAGCCUGCCCAGCCCCGCCGCAGCCCCAGCGCGGUGGCCGCGCAGUCGGGUCGGACGGGCUCCGGCAGCAGGGCGGGAUGGACGUGGCCCUGGACUUGUACGUGGCCGUCCCGCUGCUCUUCACGGUCCUGGCCCUCGUCCUCGCCUCCGUCUUCGUGAGGCUGCGGGGAACCGACGGGGAGCGGCCCCGGGAGCCGCCGGCGGCUGAACCGGCUCGGGAGAGCGGCCCCGAGGACCAAGCGGCGGCGGGGCCGGAGGCCGGGAAGGAGCGGCUGCCGGUGGAGGAGGUCGGGGCGGUCGAGGAGGGGAAGGAGGAGGCGGCUGCCGAGCAGCGGGAGGAGGCGGCGGAGGAGCCGGGCCCCGCGGCCGAGCCCAGCCCCGCGGCGGCCGAGAGCAUCCCCCGGCAGCCGCCUGCAGAGCCCCGAGAGCCUGAGCCCCGCGAGGAUGCGCAGAGCAAGAUACCACCUGUGGAAGCCUCAGCUGGCUCCAGCCUCGGGCAGCCGGGACAAGUGGAGGAUGCAGGAGACAACACAGCCCUUCCCAUCAGGGCAGAGGGGGAAGAUCUGGACCCGGGAAAAGAGAAGCUGGUGGUGAGAGAGCCGGAGGAUGAGGAUGCUGCAGAUGGGACAUUCUCUUUUAAAUACAGUCCUGGAAAGCUGAGGGGAAACCAGUACAAGUCAAUGAUGACCAAAGAAGAGCUCGAGGAAGAACAAAGGAUUGAGCUGACCUCUGAUCUCACAUCUCUGUAGCAAGUACCUUAGGUCCUCGGCCACAAACAUUCUUGCAAAUCUGUUUGAACUGAAGACUAUAUGAAGUUGUCCCUAGCCUCCUCCUAAAGGCAUCCCUUGGCAUCUUUAAAGGCUUGAAAUACCAAAACCAACCAAACACACCCAUAAGAGAAAUCCAUAAACCCUCAAAACUUGGGAUCUCCUCUUGGUCCGAAGUUGAGUUCUUCAAAAACUUCUGUGCUGUCAAGCUUGAGGAGAUCCUGUUGUGUGGCUCCAGGGACUGGGGCUGGGCCCAAGCAGUGACUUGAGUUGUGUUUAGGGGACAGGGAUGAACCUUAUUCCCUGUCCCCAAAACAGAACCCAUAUUGGACACUAAAUAUGCAGCAAGUCUAUUAGUUGUGUUCAUUACUACUUAUUAGGCCUGCUAUGAAAUCUCUGCUGUUCCUUUCUUGGGGGUGUGAACCAUAGCUCUUCUCCCAGACCAGCCUGGACCUUAUAUCAGAUGAUGAAGUUGUUUCUUCCUGGGGCUAAACUCCUCUUUCUUGCUGGGGGGGUGGGAACUGCCUGUGAUUUGUUGUACAGAGCUGCUUUAUUCCAAGGGGUGGAAGAACAAGUGGAGUUGAAGCAAGGGAUGGCAGGUGGUAGCUGGACUGACUCAAAUCUUGCUUCUGGAGUUAUUUUAGCUGAGAGCUGAUUCUGUAGGCAGACAGAAGACUCGAGAAGUGACAGAGAUUGAUAGUUUAGCUGUUCUGCUUGUGAUGCGGGUUUAGGAGACCACACUUUGGCUGCUGCUAACACCUGGAUUCACACUUUCCCUUACUUCAUUUCCCAAGAGGAGAGACCUGAGGUGGUAGCUACAGAAUCAGGGGUUCCCUCUAGCUCCAGAUGAGAUAGUGGGGGUCCUGGAAGAGACACCUUCCCCAUUCCCUUGCCUGCUUGCUGCUCCAGUGCCCUCUUCUCUUGCUAGCCUUGUGGCUUGCCCACUGGAGCCAGAGCUCAGCAUUGCUCCUCUGCUCUGCCAUGCGUAGAAGAUGAAUUCGGCCUGGUGCAUGUAACAGCUUCAGGCAUUGCAGGUUCCAAAUCAAACCCAGCUGGUUUGUGAGGAUGAGACGAGGGUCUGAGUCCUCUUUAGUGAUGCUGUAAAACAUGUUUCUCUUUCACUGCCGGAUAGCUGCCUCUUGGCUAACGCUGCAAACAUAUCACAAACCCAAAAAGCUGCUUUUUUGUUUUCGUUUUCAAUUCCUAUGCAGACAAUACUUGAAACCUUGUACACAGUUGUCCUUUCCAGCGCCUGGGGUUGGCAAACUCUUCACAAAAGGGCUCAUUUAAAGAACAGCAGGAGGCUUCAGCUUUAGAAGCAGCUGCUCCUUCCCAGCCAACAACUGCAAGCGUGUCCAGGGCUUUGCAUAUGAAUUUAGGCACAUCUGGACCCUCUGCUUCACCACCCUUCUGGUCCAGCCACUGUCUCCCUCGGUGCUGGCUGACUCUGUGUCCUGAGCACCCAACUAUGCAAAGAAUGCCUUAUAUAUGUUGUGUUGAAGUUACGUGGCAAUACAUACAUCGAGCAAAGUCUAUAGUUGAGUCCAGAGUUUUGCUAGUGGCAGUGAGUCAGACUAUAUUUCCUCAACUCCAAAGGCUGUCUGGGUGUUUUCUACUUGUGUUCAUUUUGUUUGUUUCGUAUCUGAUGGUGGCUCUUACACAAAGGACUGUCAUUCUAGUGGCUUGAAUCUGUAAAAAAUUGCCUUUGUUUGGUCCAAUAAACCUUUGAAUAGUUUA